AUGAUGGAAGCAAGGGUCCGAGACCUAUGGCAGAACGGCUUUGGUUGGUUAUUGCCUCAGAUCGCUCCCUAUGUCACGGACUCGAUACGACUAUGGUUAGCGUCGGUGGUAGUGGAUGAUGUUAUGGGUGCAAGGGAUAGAGUGUCUUGGGGACCAGCGCAAGAUGGAGAGUUUUCAGCAAAAUCAGCAUAUGCUUUUCUAACGGUGACAACAGCCCUAAGCAAAAUAUGCACGCAUUCUUCAACCUUAUUUGGAGUGCCACGAUGCAACAAGGGUUUUUCUUUGAGGAGGAGAGGAGUCUAUUCUGCAGGUAUUAUGGGACUGCCGGCAAUGGAGGGAAUAUGGAGGCGUAUUGUGCCACCACGGAGGGGAGUUGAAUUCUUUGCUUCACCUCUGCUGAGUUGUUUAAAUCUGAAAUUGGAGAAUACUGAUGAUAUGAGGGGAUAUCAAUGGGCCACUGUGUUUGCAAUGGACACUUGGUGGGGCUGGAAAUGGUGGAAGUCUCCUCAACAUACGCAAAAACAAGGGAUCCAGGCAGUGUGGGGGAUAAAGUCGAGAGACAUAUCGCAUGAAGGUGAAUACGGACGGGGCAUCUCAGGGAAUCCAGGUCUAGCUACAGCUGGUGGUGUAGUCCGGGAUGGAGAUGGUCCCAUGAUUGGUAGUGGAGGUAGACUCGAAGAUAGUGGUGGGUUUCUUUCAGUUAGGGAUCAGUGA